AUGGCGUGUGACAAAGAGUUUCAGCUGCUGAUUCAGAUCACAGGACUGCAGAUCGAUGUCCCAGGAACGAAGGCCUAUAAAUGUGGAGCAGCGCUGUGCAAUGUGAGAAAACCUGAGAGCAGCUUCCUUGACAAGUCCCCCAGCAGUGGUACCUCUAGGAUGCCAUCACUCCAUAAAGAAAUAGCCGGAAACCAGACUUCUCUCUGUUGCUCGCUUGACGGAAGCCCAGAAGGGAAGGACCCCUCUCGGAAUCAGGCUCAAGAGGCUGAACUCUUGUCUACACAGGAGGAGCUGUUUAGCCAGAGCAGUCCCACAGCCGUCGAUACCGGCAGCACCAUGGCCAGAGUAGAAGGGGCAGGUUCUCCGGCAUCCACACCAGCAGACUGUUUGCGCGUCCUGCAUCUCUCCGGUCAGGUGCCUCUUUCCAGUAGCCGCGCAUCCACCUUGGUGACACCAUCUCAUGGUGACUUGGAACCGGUGCCUCUCCUUGUCCCAAGAAGCCCGACAGACCAGCAGUCAGAAGCAGGAAAAGCAGAAGGGGAGCCAGUGCAGGUGGGGACUCCCGGGUCCCAGCGUGCUUCCACGCCCCUGUCUCAGGAGGCGUUGGCCUCCACCCCACUGCCCUCGCAACCAGCGUUUUCCCACGACCCCUUCCUCCCAACUCCCAGUCUGGAGGUAAAAGGAAGCAAUGAAGAAGCAGGGAAGGAUGGUCCCAGUGCCAGCUUGCCACCCAGCCCUCCCUCUGAUGUCCCCGAGACCCUGGUGUUGCCCUCGGGCCAGGCCUGUGCUCUAGUCCUCCCGGCGAGUGAAGACCGCCAGGCGAUGGAGGUGGAGAUGAGCAACCUGCAAGCGGAGGAAAGGGCGGGGGUGGCUCCCUUGGAGAAGCAGGGCCUGGCUGACAGCAGUCAUGAGCCUCCGCCUGAGGCGGGCAGCCCACCCUCUCCCCUACGGGCCCCGGAAGGCACCCCCGCUGUCCAGGAGGACCUCGGAGACGAGCACAGCGAUUCGGGCCAGGGAUCUUUUUUGUCAGAGGGCAAAGCUGUCCCAGAGACACCACCCCGUGAGGAACAAGGAAAGGCAGAAGAGCUGCCGAGCGAGGACGGACCUUCCCUUCACUUACUGCUUUCUCCAGAGGAAGAGGCAGUGCCACGCGCAGAGAGGCCCCGGGCAGACGGGGAGAAAGCACACCCCACCGCAGGAAACCCGAGGGGAGAGCUGAGGAAAGGCCCCUCCGAGGCUCAGGGCGUCUCUUCAAGCCCCGUCAUGGCCUUGAGGCUUGGCGAUUUCCAGACACGGCCAGAACUGGAAUGCAGGGCACCCCCGGAGCCUGGCGGGAUGGCCGCUGGAGUCCUGAUCUCUUUGAAUCUUUCUGCCAGCAAAAACGGGGGAGGGAGUUGUCCAGAUGGGGCACAGGUGGAGGAUGAAGAAGGGGACUUGCAGCUGCCCUCGGUGGGAGCCUCGCGGAUCAAGCAGGACGAAGCGGCCCGCAGACGUGCAAGGCGGGCUAGUGAGGGGCCGGUGGAACCCUGGACCAGCCAAGGCGAGGAAGCCAGGGAAGGGAAGGCAGCCGCGGCUGUGCAAGAGAGGCCCCUUCAAGGGGGUGCAGGAAGCCAGCCGGAGGGCCAGUCUUCGGGGCCUAGAGCUGGGGCUGCCUCUGACCACCAGCCCUCGGGAACCCCCUUCCUGCCGAAGGAGAGGAAUAUCGCUGAGCCCACGGCAGGCAUCCCCUCUCCUCUCAUGGGCCAGCUGAAGAAAGGCCCCCGGAAGCACAGCACACCCAUUGGGGCUGGAAGCUGCCCGGACCACACCAUUGCGACCAGUGAUGUCACGGCAGAGGGAGGUGCCAGCCGCCUGACCGAGGAGAGUGCCGAGAUGGGGGGGGAGAGCCCCAGGCAGGGCACGCCGGCUGGCCACGAGGGGGAAGCCGGGAAGCUCUCCUUACGAAUGAGUCUUGCCACCACGCCUCGGGUGGAAGAGAGUGAGGAGUCUCUGUCCUUCAGCCUGGAGCAGCCUGGAGCCAGUGAAAGGAAAAAUGGGUCUGUCACAGCCAGCGUGUCGAGCUACCAGAAGACGCCGUCCUCUGUGUUCACUCGCGUGUGCAAAGCCCAGAGUGACGAGAAACCUCAGAGUAGGGAGUUGCCUUCCUCUCCCUUCAGGGGUGACCUGAUCCAUUUCCCAAGUUCCCAGGGUGAGGAGAAGGAGAAGGAAGAGGCCGCUUCUCCCGGGGCCUCUCUGAGGCAACAGGGAGUUGAUUCCCCGAAGAGCGUGCUGGUCUCGGAUGGUGGGAAGGAGGCUGAAAGACCAGCCGGCAGCCAGGAGGAGGCCGAGGCCAUGGAGACAGAGGCCGAGGUGGCUGGCGCCCGGGAGCAGGCAAGGCCAGGAGCCCCAAAAAAGCCGGAGCCUCCUCCUGAGACUGAAGAGACCAGGGGGAGCCUGGGGCCCGAGGCUGACUCCAGCCACCAGGGGGGAGUCCAGGCGGUGGCCGAACGUCCUGGGGGCGCAGCAGUCUUCCUGUCCGCAGCUACACGGACCGUGCCUUGCAGCCUGGUGAGUGAGGCUGGCUCACGGCCACGGCAGCAGGAUGCUGAGGUGCAAACUGAGGAGGCGCAAACACCUGGGAACACGGCAGAGACUCUGCGUAACCAGACUGUGGAAGAGCCGGACUCGUCUUUCCCCCCAGUAGGCAAAGUCCUGCGGCGUCACAUUCGAACAAUCCGAGAAGUGCGGACGCAAGUGACGAGAGUCAUCACGGACGUCUACUACAAGGAUGGGGUCGAGGUGGAACGCAAUGUGGUAGAGGAGAACGAGGAGCCGGUGGUGGAGUGCCAGGAGUCCGAGGUGGAUGUCUCGCCUUCCCGCACCGGGGCAUCGUCGUCGCUGGCCUCGGGGGACCUCGGGGACGUCAGCUCCUUCUCCUCUAGGGCGUCAGGGCUGGGACACGCGUCCAGCGGGGGGAGCGCCGCCUUGUCGGUCACUCAGGGCGGUGCGAGCUCUCACCAGGCCACCAGGUCCCUGAAAGGAGCCCGGCUGGCUGGCCUGGACUCACCUGCUGCCCGAAGGCCAAGCCCUAAGAAGGCAGGGUGCCGGCCCCGACCUCCAGUCCAGCGUGGCCGUGUAGCGGUUGGAGUGUGUGAGGAGGAGGAGGAGGAGGAGGAAGAGCCAGGCCUGAGCCACCUGCGGGGUGGGAGCCCACACACCCCUUCCCGUAGCCGAGGGCGAAAGGGCCGUUCCGCUGCACGACCGACCACAACCAGAGACCGUCCGCCUGUGAGGGCAGAGCCGUCUGGGACAGACUCCCCUCACGAGAACCACGCUUUGGCCCGUGCGGCCGGCCCUCUUUCGGAGGGCCAGGAGCCGCCGGGGGCUCUGCGGCGCCGCAGCAACUCCCCGGAAAUCCCACUGCAAGAACGGCUGGGUCUCUCCGAAAGCUCCGGCCUCUCCUCCUCCUCCGCCGCCGCCGGUGCCUCUUCCUCCUCCUCCGCCGCUGGGAGCACCCUGGUGGGCCUCCGGGUGGUGGCCAAGUGGUCCUCCAACGGCUAUUUCUACUCGGGCACCAUCACGCGGGACGUCGGGGCGGGCAAGUACAAGCUGCUCUUUGAUGACGGCUACGAGUGCGACGUCCCCGGCCGAGACAUCCUCCUGUGCGACCCCCUCCCGCUGGAGACGGAGGUGACCGCCCUCUCGGAGGACGAGUACUUCAGUGCAGGGGUGGUGAAAGGCCACCGGAUGGAGGCGGCCGGCCUUUUCUACUGCGUGGAGAAAGACGGGCAGUGCAAGUGGUACCGGCGGACGGCCGUCAUCCUCUCCCUGGAACAAGGGAACCGGCUGCGGGAGCAGUUUGGCUUGGGCCCCUACGAGCCCGUUACACCCCUGACCAAGGCCGCCGACAUCAGCUUGGAUAACCUGGUGGAAGGGAAACGCCGGCGGCGUCACCUGGGCUCCCCCACCGCCUCCAGCAGCAGCGCCACCACGCCUGCCCGCCGAGGCCUGGAGAGCCCCCCAACCCCCCACAGGCCGCUGUCCGGCAAGAGGAAGCUGGUUGCUUCCGAAGAGGAGCGAUCCCCGGCCAAGCGAGGGCGGCGAGGUCCUUUUCACAAAGAGGUGGCCCCGCGGGGCCCUCCCGCCUUUUUCUCCGCAGGGCCUGUGGGGAGCCGUGAGGGGUCGAGCCUGCCGGUGGCCACUGAUGAGUCCUGGGGGCCUCUGCCCCAGAACAGAGCCCUGUUCGUGGGUUAUGCCUUCCUCCUCACCAGCGCGAAGGCGACAGAUAAGGUCCCCAGUGGCAAAAAGUUUGCAUCAGCCUCUGAAGAGGAAGAAUCUGCAGAGACCGCGCCGUACAACCAGCCCUACUUGGAGCGUCAGCUGCGUGCCGGAGGCGGUUUCGUCCUCGAGGACUUCAGCGAGAGCCAGUGCAGCGCGGCGUAUCAGUGCCUCCUGAUCUCGGACCAGCCCUGCCGCACCCGGAAGUACUUCCUGUGCCUUGCCCGGAGCAUUCCCUGCGUCUCCCACCUCUGGGUCCUUGACAGUUGCCACGCCAACCAGCUCCAGAAUUACCGGGAUUACUUGCUCCCCGCUGGCUACAGCCUGCAAGAGGAGAGGCUGCUGGAGUGGCAUCCCCGGAAGAGCCCCUUCCGUACCCUGAGGGUGCUUCUGGUGUCGGGUGAGCCCAAGGGCUUCUUGGAGUUCUGGGCAGAAAUCCUUAUGACCGGAGGGGCCGCUUCCGUCAAGCAGCAGCAGUCAGACACAUGGAACCAAGAUGUGGCCUUGGGGGUGUUUGACGUGGUGGUGACUGACCAGUCUUGCCCGCCUGCCCUGUUGAAGUGUGCCGAUGCCCUGAAGCUGCCCGUGGUCACCCAGGAGUGGGUCGCCCAGAGCCUCAUUGCAGGAGAGAGAGUGGGAUUCAGGCAUCCCAGGUACCGGCACGAUUACGUCCCCUCCUAAAACUGGAUUGGUGGAGAUGGUUGUGGCGGAGGUUUUAACAUUUUGUGUCCCCUGACCUGUGCAUGAAUUAUGUACAUAAUUUUAAUUUCUGGACUUUUAUGAUGGAAAAAUAAAUGUUAAGCUUCUUGUUGUGGUAUGGGGGAUUUCUCUGGCCAUCAUUAAAUGGGUUCCAUGUUAUUUAUGGCCUUAAAUAAAUCCAAUGGUAGGAUGUCGGUUCUUAGCAACCAACAUUCUCCCAUUAACUCACACGUUCAA